UACGAGUACUUCAAUCUCAGUACCAGAUGUUUAAGAACUAAAUAACACAUGUCUAUCUGUCUCUGUCUGGCUGGCUGUCUGUCAACGUUUAGUCCUCCAACCCUGCCGCCUAAAAGACGUCAAUCUAUGGGCCCCGCCCACUGCAGGGUCGCCAUAGUAGCACCAAUGAGACGAGAGACUGAAGUCGACAGACAGAGUCAACAGGAGGACGCAGGUUUGAAGUGCGACUCUUCUUCUGCAGAGUCUGCUGCUGAGAACACACACUGCGAAGAAGAUCCUGACUACAACUUUCUGCUCACUGACUCCUCCUCCUUUGAGACUCCUCCUUUUCCUCACCCACCAUCACUCCCCCCCACCCUACCAGAGAAGAGACGCUGCAGUACUACAAGACCGACCCCCUCCGGGGCCUCUUCUUUUGGCUUUGACCCCCCCCCCCAUGAACAGAGCCUCUGUGAUGAUGCCAUUGGACCUGAUGAGUUUUGGUCCUCCCCCAAGUCUCCCAGCAAGACGCCCCCCCCCCUCCCUGAGAAGAAACUACACAUCCAUCAGUACCUUCAGUUCUGUUCGACCUAUAGCGCUCAAUCAGCAGCCAUGUUCUACCAGCGACCUUUGACCUCUGGUCAGCGAUACAGUAGCAGACAGCGGGAGCUGGAGACCACCUACCGCCUCGCACACACAAACCCAGACACGCUCAUAUUAGACUCCGCCACCUUACCUGAGUUACUUCCUGCUCCAGUUCUACCAGUGAAGAAGAGACAACAGGAUCCGGGUGGACCGUACGAGGAGGACCCGACAUGGGACAGUCUCCAGCAGGAGGCGGAGCUUAAGAGGAGCAGCAGGGAGCUGCAGGAGGAAGUGCUGCUGACCGACGGGCAGGAGGUCCUCCGCAGGAUCACAAUGAAGCCUCCGGGGGAGGACGGGCCGGACGUCAAAGCAGCGUCUGCUGAGAUCCUAUUGGUCUACGCAACGAUGACUCACAGCGAACAAGUUGUGUACCGUGAAGCCUUCCUCUCCACCUUCAGGAGCUUCAUCAGUCCCGAGGACGUCAUCAUCAAACUGCAGCACAGAUACAAACACUUGUGUAAACAAAGGGACCCUGAGUGCAUCUCCGCUGCCAACACCACCUUCCACCUGCUGGUCAGCGUGGUAGACGAGCUGUGUGCCAUAGAGCUGGACUCUAACCUGCUCCUCCUUCUGAUGGACCUGGUGUUCAGCCUCCUGAUUGGUGGAGAGCUGAGACUGGCCAGUCUGCUGCGCUCCAACAUUCUGUCCAAGAUGGAGCAGAGGUGGCACAUGAUUGGUUCUCCUGAGUCGCUCCGCCCCCUCGCGGCUAAGGGCGUGGCUGCAAGACCAGGAACUCUUCUGGACUUCAGGAGUCAGGAUCUAGCUGAACAGCUGACUCUGCUGGACUCUGAGCUCUUCUGCAAGAUUGAGCUUCCAGAGGUGUUGCUGUGGUCUAAAGAGCAGAAUGAGGAGAAAAGUCCAAACCUUAAAGAGUUCACGCAACACUUCAACAACGUCUCCUUCUGGGUUCGUUCCGUCAUCAUUCUUCAGGACAAAUCUCAGGACCGAGAGAAACUGCUGUUGAAGUUCCUGAAGACCAUGAAGCACCUACGGAGGCUCAACAACUUUAACUCCUACCUGUCCAUCCUCUCAGCGUUAGACUCCGCCCCCUUGAGACGUCUCGACUGGCAGAGACACACUGCUGAGUCUCUGGAAGAGUUCAGCUCUUUGAUUGACAGCUCGUCCUCUUUCAGAGCCUACAGAGCAGCUCUGGCUGAGGUGGAACCUCCGUGUAUACCCUACCUGGGGUUGAUUCUUCAGGACCUGACUUUCGUACACCUAGGGAAUCCCGACACGUUGAUGACAUCACAGGGAUCGAAGGUCAACUUCUCUAAACGCUGGCAGCAGUUCAACAUCCUGGACACCCUGAGAAGCUACCAGCAAGUUCCUUACACUCUGCAGCCUAAUGAUGACAUCAUAUCGUUCUUCAAUGACUUCAGCGAUCACCUGGCAGAGGAAGCAUUGUGGGAACUCUCUCUCAGGCUCCGCCCACGAAAUGCCCCACGAGCCAAUCAGAGAUGACGGACCAAAACAGACCUAACCCAUGCUAACCUGGGUCAUAAAAAGCUAACUUGUGCCUUUUCAUAUUGAUAAAGGUUAGCUGGAGCUAGUUUGGAUGAGCCAGGUGUUAACCUGGAACUAGUUUGGAUGAGCCAAGUGUUAGCCUUGAACUAGUUUGGAAUAGCCAGGUGUUAGCCUGGAGCUAGUUUGGAUUAGCCAGGUGUUAGCCUGGAGCUAGUUUGGAUUAGCCAGGUGUUAUCCUGGAGCUAGUUUGGAUUAGCCAGGUGUUAUCCUGGAGCUAGUUUGGAUUAGCCAGGUGUUAGGGUGUGGCAUCUUCCAUUUACAGCAAUAUUUGAAUAAACAUAUUUUGCUCACCUGCUUAAUAAUCUGACUCUAUAAAGUGACUAAAGUUAUUAAAUAAAUGUAGGGCGGUAAAUGUCCAAGCACCUCAUUACUGUACUGUACACGUGUGGUCCAGCACUCAUCACGUAAUAGAUGUCAUUGUAAUCUUUUUGUUCUCUUCUUCAUCCACCUUUAUGACCUGAGUAAAUAUUAUUGGUAAUACUAUGUCAGAACCUGGCUCCCUCCCCCCGAGCCACGCUUUAUGGCCCUUCCUGUUCUCGGAUUUGAACAUUCUUUCAGGGGCCGGCAGCCUUUCUUGCAUAGGUACUAGUUAAGUUAACUGUAAUUUAAGAUAUUACAGGAGGUACAGAAGCUGAAUGUCACCACACACAUUGUUCUCUUUCAGCUUGAUGCUGCUUUCGCCAUAAAACACAACUAGAUGUAGUUAGUUUAUAAUCACUAUUAUUGCUGCACUACGUUGUCUGUUGUCCAUUAUUGUCUUCCGUCAUGCACCAACCGCAAGUUAAAUUCCAUGUAUGUCUGACAUAUGAUGGCAAUAAACGCUUCCUGAUUCCUGAUCCCUGACACUAAACAAAAAGUUCAGUUUCAUCGUGU